AUUUCUGUUGGAGAAGCACUUUAUGCUUAUCUUCACACUGUACUGUCUUUGGCUUUAUCGUGCGAUAAACUGAUUUCCUCGUGUUUAUAGAACAUUGGUGCUGUGAGAUUAUGAUGUAUGAGGAGAAGCGUGUUGCUGAAAUACUGCCUAGGAAUGUAUCCAGUGAUGAUGUUUAACAAAUAAUUUUUUUUUUGCCACUCUGCACAACCUCGCCAAAGGAUCAUUGGUUCUGUCGGGGGCGAACGACAGAGUAGCGGAAAGAUUUAGUGUAUCGUCAGGCUAAUUUUGCACGGCGUAAUAGGCUCCACAUGCAGAACAGGUGCUACCACAUAGCUCCACCUGUAUCACGGAAGUGAGGAAUAACCAGGCAACGCAACAGAAAGCCGUAUUUGGAUUAAUAACAUUGAAUUUAUCACAUUAAUACAACUAUAACCACGAUUUGAACAUUAAAUAACAUUCGAUAUAGUCCUAAAAAAAUCGGGAAGACAGAAUUCAAGGAUUGUAUGAAAUGCACACUUGAAAAUGAAAGUUUUUGAAAGUUUUAACCUUUGUGGACAUGCUGUCACCGUUGUAAUUGUUUUGUCGCUGGCACUAUGUGAGUCUUCAUCCCACAUCAUGCCUACCUCCUCAUCCCCAGCUGGAGAGAGCUCAGUGCUGCAUGGUGAUUCCAUACAGUUUGACUUGGUCCCAGACAUAGUGAUGCAUGGCUCAGUGGUCCAAGUUAGUUACCAGUGCUCCAGGGCCUGUGAGGUGGGAGUGGAGGUGGUGGUCUCCACACAGACCAAGACAGGAGUGGCUGUCUUCAGGAGGAGAUGGACCAACCACAGACGCCUCCGUGUCCCCAGGACUCAUCCAGUGAAGCUUUGGUUCCCUCCAGGCAUGGCCUACAGAAAGGACCUCUCCAUGAGGCGCACAUUGGACGUCCAUAAUGUGAUGGUUCGAGCCUGGUUGGACCACCUUGUGCAAGGCAAAGGAGACAAAGGCCAUGUGAAUAGGACCAGCACAUACAAUGGGUCCCUGGUGAGGACGUUCAAAGUGCUUCAGGCAGUACUUCCCUCUGAGCGUCCAGCUAGACUUUAUCCUGGGUGCCCCUCCUGGAUGGCUGAUCUUGUGUGGCAGCUGACCAGAGACAGAAUCCGCCAGUGCCCACAUGAGUCAGACACUGUGGAUAUAUUGACAUUUCCAAUGGUUAGCACUGGAAAGAGUUUUGGAGUGAUUCGCAAGAUCCACCCUUUCAUCAACGGAGAUCUUGAGAGAAAUCGUGUCCUCACUGUGGAGCAGCCCAGUAUCACAGUGUCUAUAUGGGUCUUUCUGGUGCAGUGGUGUGACAAGAAACUGUGUGGAAUCAUCCAUCAUGUUGAUCAGAACAGCAAAUACGACACUCCUCUGAUGCAGCUCACUAACACAGGAGAUAUCAUAAUUCAGGUUCGUAUGGUGUCUGGGGGAGAUAAGGCAUUCAGAGCCCACACAGCUCUGCCUCUCUGGACCUGGAUCAGACUAGACUGCUUCAUACAAGGCUCUAAGGUGACACUGCAAGUUAAACCUGAAAUGACAUCAGGAGGAAUGGUGGGGAACACACACAUAUUUGACUUUCAGAGUGACAUCCAUUACAAUGACACUGGUGGAUACUUUGUGAUUGGAGGGGGCAGGUUCAUGCCAGGUUUCCGUGGCUAUUUUGGACCAAUCAAAUACUAUCGUUUGGGCACAGAAAAGGUGAUCAACUACCUUUCCCCUGCCAAGACAUUAGAGGGCCUGGAAAAGACUCACAGAGAGUGUGAUGUUAUCAGAGAAGUCACUGCAGCCUUUCUUCAGGCUGUGACACACAACCAGGAAGUCUUUAUGACAGGUUUGUGUCACUCUCACUACAUCAGUUUAUGGAGAAGGUUUGGACAGAAUACAUGUAGGCAGACAUGGACCUGGGAAGCACAGAAGAAGCACCGUGUACUUUUCACCUUCUUAGAGACCCAGCUAAAGGACUUCACCACAGGAACUAAGAACAGGAGAACACCCCUUUACCUUGGAAGCAGAUUGUUUGAGCAUGUAGUGAAUAGACUGUCCAAUAGAGGAAGCAACCAGAUGGACUCCACCACCACCUCCUCCCUGAUAGCCCUGCUGCAGAUGUCCUCCUGCUAUGGCUACCACCACUCCUCCUUGCUGCUCUCCACCAUCCACCUGGCUGGCCUGGGGGCCCCUGUGGACCAACAGCAGGGUCAUGUCUACAGUCUGAUUGGUGCACUGGGAGACAACCGUUUAGCCCUCAUGCAUUUGGGCUACAAACACACACAAGGAAUUGACGGGUUCCCCAAAGACUUUGACAUGGCGUACAGUUACUACUCCAAUGUUGGGGCACAGACCAGUAUUGACCAAGGCCGGGUACUGGGGAAUCAGCAAUAUAUCACAGAGCACAUUCUUAUAAGCAACGAGGACCACCUGAACAGCCUAACUCAUGAGACAGGUGACACCUUUCAGUAUAUCAAACUUCAAGCUGACAGAGGAGACGUUGAAUCACAGAAACAUCUAGCAAAGCUUCUAUUCUGGGGUCAAAAUGGUGUCUCUAAGGACGUUGGGAGUGCAGUUAAGUGGUAUGCUAAGAGUGCCAUGGAGCUGGAGGAUCCUGCAGCCAUGUAUGAGUACUCUAUCUUAUUAUUUAAGGGACAGGGGGUGAAGAGGAACAUGACUCUGGGUCUUCAGAUAUUGGAGAAAGCUGCAGCCAAGGGUUCAGUCCAAGCCUUGAAUGGGCUGGGAUGGUAUUACAGCACCAUACGGAGAGACUACAAGACUGCCUACAAGUACUUUGAACAGGCUGCCCACAAUGGCAGUCAUGACGGCAUGUUUAACCUGGGUGUGUAUCACUUAAAUGGGAAGAACCCACACAACCCAGAAAAGAAUGAGACUGCUGCGUUUCAUCUCUUCCUAAACUCCUCCCUCUAUGGUCACGUGGACGGGGCGGUGGAGGCGGCCUGGUACCUGUCCACGGGACACCUGGAGGGGGUCUCCCGGGACACAGAGAGGGCUGUGAUCAUGCUGAAACAGAUCUGUGAGCAGAAUGGUUACCUGGGAUACAUCGUAAGAGAGGCUCUCCAAGCGUACCUCCAGGGCUUCUGGGGCGAGGCUCUGGUCAGGUAUGCCCUUGCCGCUGAAACAGGUUUGGGAGUGGCCCAGAAUAAUGUUGCCUACCUAUGUGAGGAGCUGAAGCAGAGCUAUGAUUGUCAAUGGAGGUAUUAUAACCAUUCCACAAUGAACUAUGACCCACAUGAUUCUGGUUUGCUGAAGAUGGGCGACUACUACUACUCAAGCAGCAGGCUAGGAGCUGUUGAUCAGGCUAUAUCACUGUACAGCAGAGCAGCCCUUGCAGGCAGUUCUCAGGGAAUAUAUAAGUUGGUGGUUUUGGCAGAAGAGGGACAUGAUGUCCCAUUGAUCAUCAGAGACAGAUUAAACAUAUCAAUUCAUGAUGGACUAGACAUUGUGGUGGAGAGACUCUUACAAAGAUGUGUAGAGUUGGAUGAAGAUGAGGAUCUGACACCAUGUACUUUAGCUCUACUCAGAGUCCGCAUGGGAAAAUCCUGGAGAAAAAUGACUCAAGACCCUAUACAGCUGUCACUGGUUUAUAUAUCUGUCGUUACUCUCAUCAUUGCUCUCAUUACUGUGCUAAUCCAAAGUGCUCUGGUUUCUUUGCCUCCAGAGUGUCUCCAAGUGCACAUCCCAGCUAGACAACGUAGGCAUACCACUGACCGUGCAGUAGAUGACAGGACAGGGACAUCCCCUGUCAAUCAAGCAGAAGUCAAUGGGAAUGGACAGCAGGAUCAGAAUGACCCCAUCAGGAGAGAAGACAGAAUGUCCAGAACUGUUAGAAUGGCCCAGGGUCUAUGGUCCAUUCUACCGAGGGAUGGACAGAGAGUGCAGCAGACAGUUGACCUGGCUGUUACUGUGUCUGGGGUGUGUCUCUGUGUCCUCUGCACAUUGAUCCUCCAUCAUCUGCUCUGAUAGUUGUCUUACACAGCACAGGAAAUGCCUAAGACAGAAGAUAACAUAUAAAGGAAUGUAUAUGCUUUAUGUUGGGAAGCAAGCCUGUAAAUAUUAUAAAACUGCAUUUUCUGAGAUAUCUGACUAAUUUUAACUGACAAGUGGGAGUGAACAGACUCAUAUGACUGAUACAGAUGUAGGAUCUUAAUUUGAUUACUGUUUUGUUGCUGAGAAGUUUUCUGUACAGCAGGAAAUGCAGAUGAACUUUGUGAUUUGCAUAAAUUCACUGAAAACUCACAUUUACAAACAGAUACAUUAACAGUAUUGCACUUUUCAUGUAGCCUACUUUUGGCCAGCUAAUAGUCUAACCGCUGAGCAACAUUGUGGACUAAAUGUUCAAAACCUGUUGCUGCAGGAUUAUUUUUCUGUGACAAUAUAGGGCAAAUUAAGAUCUUACAUCUGUAGGUGUAUGAGUCUGCUAUCUGGUUGUUUUGUUUCAGCCACAUGGUGCUGAAUCACACGUUUUUUUCUCUGGCUCCUAAACGUCUGUCUGUUUGGGGCCGGUACAUUAGGUUGGUCCAAGGCCGAUCAGAAGGACUAGUUUCUGCUGGUUAACUUAUUACAGUUUUUGUCUGAACAGUU